AUGAGGCACCCAGGGGUGGACAAAACGGUUUCGAUCAUCCUGAACUAUUCAGGUAAACGCCAGGCUGUCCUCACCUGCACCAUGACAGCCCGGAUGCCCAAUCGAGCAAGUAUUAACGGCACCAAGGGCAUGAUUGAGAUUCCGUCCCCCUUCUGGUGCCCGACAGAACUGGUGAUCAAUGGGCAGAAGGGAGAGUUCCCCCUGCCUCCGCCAACUCAGAAAUUGCACUUCACCAACAGCUCCGGCUUGCGAUAUGAAGCAGAACAUGUCCGACAAUGUCUCCUGAAAGGCUUGAAGGAAAGCCCUAUCCUGACUCAUGCAGACAGCGAGCUGGUCAAUUCCAUCUUAGAUGAAGCUCGCCGGCAGGUGGGAGUGUUGUACCCUCAGGACAAAGCAUGACACCCUCCCGAUUCUCUUUGCUUGAAUCUCGGGGUCCCUGUAUUCCUUACUCAGCCAAAAUGCUC